AUGGAUUCAAAGACUCCUGAGGCUGAGAGCCAUGCUGGCUCUGUGCCUCCCGGCAGCUUCCCUACCGAUCCUUCCGAGUUUGACAGGGACCCGCGUGUUUCUUUUUCCAAGCUUGACAAUCAGUACAUUCUAGAGACUGAUGAUGACCGUGAGUUCCUCUGGGACACUGGCAUUAAGCGCUGGGUCGAAUCGAUCGACGAGGAGCUCCUGCGUCAGCAGCAGGAGGCAUACAAGGUCGAUGGCGUUGACGAUACCGAAGCUGCUCAUCCACGCGAUCGUAAGAAGCGCAAGCAGGACGAUGACGCGGCCACCGAGCCCAAGCAGAAGAAGCCCCGUGUUAAUUGUGCUGUUUAUGUGACCUCCAUUCCCCUCGACGCAACCAUCGACGAAAUCGCGAGCGUUUUCAAGAAAUUCGGCCUCAUCACUGAAGAAAUCGACACCGGCAAGCCUCGCAUCAAGAUGUACACGGACGAGAACGGAAAUUUCAAGGGUGACGCGUUGGUCGUCUACUUUCGGUCUGAGUCGGUGCACAUUGCGAUCCAGAUGCUUGACGAGACCGACUUCCGUUUCGGUGUUACCGGUCCCGAUGGCUUGAUGCGUGUUCAGGCUGCUGAUACCGCUUGGAAGAGUGAGGAGGCGGAUUCGACCCAGGAUCAGAAGCAGAAGCAGCCGCAGCGCUCCAAGACUGAUCAGCGCAAGAUCGCGGAGCGCGCCAAACGUCUCAAUGAGAAACUCAACUGGGACUCUGAAGAGGAAGGCCCUACUUACACGAAGUAUGACCACAUGCUUACUUUGAAGCACAUGUUCACGCUUGAGGAAUUGGAGGAGGACCCAGCUGCCAUUCUAGAUAUCAAGGAAGACAUCCGUGAGGAGUGCGAGAAGAUCGGAGAAAUUACCAACACCGUGCUUUACGACCUUGAAGCAGAUGGAGUGGUUACUGUCCGCUUCAAGGACCCCGCUGAUGCCCGUCGCGCUGCCGAGGCCUUUUCCAAGCGCAAGUUCAACGGUAUCCAGGUUGUGGCCUACGUUCAGCUCGGUAAAGAGAGAUACCGCAAAUCUGGCACCCGACGCGAUGCCCUUGAGGGAAUUGACACUGAGGCGGAGGAGCAGAAACGUCUUGACCGUUACGGUGAUUUCAUCGAGAGAAACGUACCUAAAUGA